AGUGGCAAAGUUGAGGGUUAAUCUUUAACAAAGAUCAGUUAGUCAUAGUAGCUAUAUAUGCGUCACUAAGAUUCUGUAGGAGUUUCUGAUAAGCCUCAGUAACCUGUUUUCGGUGCAUUUAAAUCUAAUCAAACAACUUAGAGAGUGUAUUAUACUAGAGACAUGGCUGAUUAAAUGGGAUCAAAGUCUCGGGUCUAUCGCGCGUCGUUGUUUCAAAGCAGACGACCUCCUCACGACCUGGGCAUCCCUCAACAACAUAUGCGCGCGUGUGCACACGUUGGGAAGAGCAGAACUCGUCAAAAUGCGAUGCAUAGCGAGUGGAUGCAUUUUAUGCAUUGUAUAGACGAACAAACGGCGCCUGGUGUGUGAAUAACUCGCAUUCUGUCUUGUGGGGUCAGUAUCAAUGAACUUCGACACUUAACGAGCACGGUCAACUCCAAUGUAGCCAUACUUCUCCCGCGCCUUCUUCAGACCUCCACGCCGGCCUUACUACACAGUGGUUUCUCCGUGCAAGUGUAUUCCCAAGAGCAAUCGGUGUAUAUAUUUUUACACACACGCGUACACACAGAGAGAAAAUGAUGCCGCGCCAGCAUCUGCGUGAGAAUACAUUGCUAAGAAGAUGAUCGUCCAACAUCCUUACCCAGCGUCCUUUAAAAAAUAGAUGGAGCGCAAAUCUCGGUUUAAUGCGUGAAUAUUGUGCUUUUUCUGCAGUCAAGGAUCUUGAAUUAACCACGCUUGGCAGAGCUAAGCCCGAUGAGGACCCCGUAACGGCUGAUGAUACUGCUCAUUGGAACAUACCGAGAUACGUUGACGUCACAAGUAAUGUCUCUGUUCUUCACCAUUGACGUCACAUUCAACCCUGUUCAAUUAUAACCUCGUGUGGCAUUGAUGGACGCUAUCGAAGGCCUACAUCAGGAGGACAUUGGUAUUUCAAACGUUUUAUAUCAAGUCUAAAGAAAUUGCGUACCUUCAAGGAGACGGAGUGACUGCAAAGAUUUGUCAACAACGUUUGCCAUUGAGCGCAAUUCUGAAUAGAUUUAAAAUGAUACAUACUUGCAUGGAGUAUCAACUUGAAAGGCUUGAUGCAGAAGAGGCAGCGUGAACAGUUAUCCGUGUUCUAAAACAUCGUCGAAACCUCAAUGUUUCAGAAUACAACUUGCUUGGACAACCUCCGCAAGAUUAUAAACUUGGAGACAUUUCCCAGUUUCAGUCCGCCUCAGGGUUGGGCCUGGACCAACCAUGUCGUGUAACCCUUCCAGCAUGCGAAUGAACUCUUUAGAGUCUAUCUGGUACUGUAACUUGGCUGUUGUCAUCACGAUGUUCUUGGUAUUUGAUGGUAAUCGCAGAUACAGACACUAUGAUUCGCUUAAAUGGCCAGAAGGAGAGCGACCCACCCCUGAGUUAAGGCUGUACCUUUGUCUGAUCAUCAUGGCCGCUCUCCUGAUCACCGCCUUCAUACCUACCCAAUACUUCAAGGUCGGGAACCACGCCAACGAUCAGUCCAAACUCGGAGCUGCCAAACGGAAGCGGAAGAAAAAGAAACCCGACGAGACUAAGACUCCUAAGGAUUGUCAACAAGGUGAUGCCAGAGGGGACGAGGAGUCCAUCGCCCACAUCAUCCGAGUGGUCGUCCAGACUGUGCGGUCCUGUCGGAAACAUCUAGGACCCAUAGGAGCGACGAUCCAUAUCACAUCGGCGUUCUGUCUUCUCCUCCCUGUCAUCUUUCUCCAAGCCAGGGCCAUACAAUCCGGUCUUCUGCCACCAGAAAUGAUCUGGAAAUCGGAGGUUGGGGAAAUAUUUCUCGUCGAGGACUCCACAAACAUCACCUACCUAAGAAUUCAUGCAUUCGUCGCCCCAUCCAUCGAAUACCAAUCCAUCUUACCCACUGAAUCGACUCCGUCAGCAGAGCACCAGUCUGACGCAGUCUCAAAUCUUGAUGACUCGUUCAGCACAGUCGUAGUGACAAUCAACUACCUCAAUUACGUGGUGCCACUCUUCAUCUACGCCAUCCGUUACGCGGACGUAUUCUGGGCGUGUCAUAAAGGCUUCGCGCUGCUGAUUUCCAUACAACUUAUGAUGAAUGCGGUACAGUAUGCAUUAGGUUUCAUCGGCAUGUCACUACUAUAUAAACUACACGGGUUUGGUUGGGAGAAGUACAACAUUAGCGCAAAACCAGUGUUCUCGUCGGGACCAUCAUUAAUUCCGGCAUACUUAAUCAACAAUAUCACGGUAUUCGUAGCAGCGGCCAUUUUGUAUUUGUACGGGUACGGCCGCCUGAAGCAUAAUCAACUGAGGAGGACUAGAAAUAGCGACGAUGUCCCGAUAGAGACCUUAUUCGUCCUUAAAUAUAAUGGGUUUCUGCCACAAAUUGCCGCCAUGGGUGCGCUUGUUGUCUUCAUUUCUUGCAAGACUCCGUUCAUACUAGAAUACAUGAGCGUUUAUCGGUUCUCCGGGGACCAGAGAAUGCUUUGCUGUGUUGUGUUUGAUAGUUUAUACAUCGUGGUGUGGUUCGUACUCUGGGUAUUCCUGACGAUCAAGAGACACUGGGCUUUCCGCCACGUCCACCACAGUCAUGACUACGGACUCUACGACAGGGGAAUACCUUUGCAGUUGACAGAGGGCGUCGAACCAUUUCCCCGUCAAGACAAGACUGUCACGGAAACCCAGCUCACUGGUACCGCGAAACCGAGUGAUCCAGAAGAAUGCCAAUGCAAGAAGAAGAAAUCAACCUUUCCAAACGGAUACCUCCAAAUGAAAUACGCACAGAAUGGAGAAGUUGUCGACAAGUACACGAAAGUCAGUGACGUUGAAACACCCGUCGAGGAGGUCGAUCUGCCGCCUGUAGAUCUUCCUGUGGUAGUCGAUCCGAACGUGCCCGAUGAAACGGACGUUAAUAUAUUUUCGAAUCCAUUGUCUACGGCAUAGUUAACGGUGAUGCAUAUUUUAAAUGCUUGAUUGUUGCAAAUAUAUUCAUCUGUUAUUUACGUUAUAAUUUUAAAGAAAAAUAAAACAGGUGCUCAUGAGUUGUUAGCGAUUGACAGUGCUGUCAAGUUAACAGAUUUUCCGUGUUUAAUACAGAAAAUGAGAAUAAUACUGAUGGUUUCAAGUAAAAUAUUGAUUCAAGUUUCUAAGGUUCCUGUUUUAUGUGUAUUCCUGUGGUAUUUCUUUGAAAAUACUGGCCUCCUCACCAAAAUACUGAUUUUUGGCUGUUAAGAUACUGAAAUCUUCUUGUUCAGGUUGGCAGCUUUCGGUUGAACCCAGCAUUAAGAUGUAAUUCUGUAUCUCCAUAUCCAAUUUUCUGAUUGACUAUGACGUAAAAGAUUUAUCCGCAAAGUUGUUAAUCCAGGUUUUACGUGUUUGAAUUCAUGAGAAUGGAAGAACCUAGAGUAAAGAAAGCUAUAAUUCCUCUAAAAAGUAACGAGUGUCCCUUAUGAUAAUUGAUUAAACAAGGGAUUUAAGGUCUUGCAUUAUAUCAAAUAAAUACUCCUAUUUGAAUGGACAAUCAAUGAAUGAGCGACUAACCUCCCUUUCACACGGUAAAAAAAGAGCAACUUGAAUGAUGAUUCCAGAGAAAAAUAAGGCCAAUGACGAAUUUUUAGCACGUGUGAAACGAAAACUAGAAUCACGAACGCUAAUCCCAACCACAAAUUCAAAUUCUACUCCGGAGGUGAAUUCCAGUCAAGUUUCACUCAAAUUACGGUACGAAUUUUCCGUGUGAAAGGUCCGAUGAUUCUAAAAACGAAUUACAAUCAUCAAUAUAAUGGUGAUUCAAGAUUCACGUGUGUGAAGAGGCCCUUGGUUGAACCACGUUUGAGUGCAGUUUACCAAACGAUGGAAAUAUUUACCCAUUUAGUGAACGAAUGAAAGUUAUUAGCAACUAGAGCACUAAUAGCUUGAGGACAUCUCCGGAGGAUUUGGUGCCUUACCAAAGGACAUUAUUGUGCAUUGACUUGGAAAUAAUUCUUCGAGAAUGUCCCUCCUAACGUUCAAAUAUCUCAACUCGUUUAUUUUCAUGAACAUGAUGAAGAGACCCUUCUUUUGUCUAUCUCAUUUCCAGGGGCGGCGGAAAGUACUUUCGUUUGGGAGGGGGGGGGGGCAAAGCUAAAAGAAGAGCACUUUUAUGUCGAAAUGUGCAUUUAGGUGCCAAAGGCUAUUUUCACCAUAAAAUAUAUUUUUGUGUUUUGCAGUAAUAAAAUUGAGGAAUUUCUUUUUAAGUGAUUUCUGAUUGUUAAGAUAUAUAAUAUUUCGGUUUCAUAUCUCUGCGAGCGAACGGUUUGGAAAAAAAUCAAAUCUGAA